UUGCCAAAAUUUGGAAGAGAAAACACAAGUGUCGCCACAUUUGAGCCGGGCGGCGAAGCGGCUGUGUGUUGCCUCUCCACGGUUCUCAUGUGCUCUAUAAGCCCCGCCUCCUCUCCGCUCGGACACCUUCAGACGAACACAGCAGAACUCAGCAGCAGACAUGGCAGAAGAAGCUCCAGCAGCGGCUCCGGCCAAAGCCCAGAAGAAGAAGGCGGCUCCCCGUCCCAAGAAGGACGGCCCCACCCUCCCGAAGCUCAUCAUCAGCGCCGUGGCCGAGUCCAAGGAGCGCAAGGGGGUUUCUCUGGCGGCCAUUAAAAAGGUUCUGGCCGCCAAAGGCGUGGAUGUGCCGAAAGCAAACAAGCGCAUCAACACCGCCGUGACUAAGCUGGUGACCGGAGGAACCCUGGGACAGACUAAAGGGACCGGGGCCUCCGGCUCCUUCAAGCUCGCCAAGGAGCCCAAAGCCGACAAACCUGCGAAGAAGGUGGUGAAGAAGAAAGCUCCCGUUAAAGCCAAGAAGCCCGCAGCCAAGAAAGUUACAGCCGCCAAGAAACCUGCAGCCAAGAAGCCAGCAGCAAAGAAAGUAGCAGCCAAGAAGUCCCCGAAGAAGAAGGCGCCGGCGAAGAAAGCUGUUAAAAAGCCCGUAGCGAAGAGUCCCAAGAAGAAGACUCCCGUUAAAAAGGCCAAACCGGCGAAGAAGCCCGCUGCCAAGAAAGCCCCGGCAAAGAAACCCGCAGCCAAGAAGUCCAAGAAGUGAAGCGGCUCCUAAUCCAGCACUCAGUGCGCCAAAGGUUCUUUUAAGAGCCACCACAAUUUCCAUAAAGAGCGUUUCCUCGUUAUUAUUACAACGACAUAUGAUUACACUCCCAAGUAACAGCCUACCAUAUAGGCUAAUCUUAUAGCCUAAAGUUACUGCAACAUGCACAAAACACUGAUAUAACAUACUGUGACAGUAUUAAUAUAUAUUAAUAUAUCUUAUGCUAUAAUAUUUCCUUAUUUCAAAGGCCAGCUGUGUUUUAUAUAUUUCUAUAUUAACACACUGAAAUUAGGCAUUUCCUAUUUUUUUAUUGGGAGUGAAAUGCUUAACAUGGCUACAUUGGGUUUAAUUUGUACAUCAGGAGGUUGUUCUGAAGGGUCAGGCUAAAACCCACAGCGCCUGGAGCUUUUUUUUAUCAGUUGUUAUACCAGCAAGAUGUUAUUUGUACGCUAGAGUUUAUUAACAUCCAAUUUAGAAGGAAUUCUGUACAGACAGUUAAAAUAUAGGAUGCAUUUGGAAUUAGAGUAUAGAAGUUAAUUGAUAUAUAUGGAUUAUAGAUUUGAUUAAAUGAUGGUUAUGUGGUAUUAGCAUGAUACAUGACAACUAAAUGUAAUAAACCUUCAGUUC